UUCACUUUCGUUGGCUCCGUCUCUAAUAUUUUUGCUUUCGGAAGAGCGCUUUUUCCCUGUUUGAGGGUUUGAAAGCAGUGAGCGGAGGACAUUCACCAGAACUACGAACACACACUACAGUAAACACAUUAAGGACUUACCUAAAGCAGGGUGUGGGACAAUGCUACUGAUGUCAGUCCUGGUGCUGGUAUUGAUUGGUUGGUGUGCAGCAGCACCUGUGGAAAGAGAAGUCUACAGAAUGCCACAAAGUGUGCUCAAAGCUCUCUCAAAUAGGGGGACAGUUGUGAUGGAGGCAUCUUUGGUCCGUGCGCUUACUUCCAUGGACCAGGCGAUAGCAGACAUGCGCAGAGCAGAAGCCAGCUGUACGGGCUGCAUUCCCUGCCUGUUUCAGGACUGUGGACAGCGCUCCGGAACAUGUGGAGCUGCAGAGUCUCUAUUAAUGGAGCCAAGCUGUGAGAUGAUGAGACAAACUCAAAGUUUGACUGAAGAGACUGAGAGAAGCUGGGCUUUGAGUCAGAUGUGUGGGUUUUACCAACGUCGCUGUUCUACCUUAGAGCUGCACUCUGAAUCCUGCAUUAAAAUCAUGGGAGAGAGCUGCAGCUCCAGGCUUUUACAAUGCAGUCUCAUUAACACCAUGCAGAACUUGGAGCCAGCCACAGAAACCAGAACAGAGACUUUAUGUGGGCAGAGGAUAUUAGGUGGAAAGUCCCUUACACAGCCACGCUCUCGCAUAAUGGGUGGCUCUCAGGCGCCCCCUGGCAGCUGGCCUUGGAUUGUCAACCUGCAACUAAAUGGAGCUCUGAUGUGUGGAGGAGUCCUGGUGGACAGCUCCUGGGUCAUCACUGCUGCACAUUGCUUUGUUGGAAGUCAGAGUGAACAUUACUGGAGAGCUGUGGUUGGGGAAUUUGACAUCACUAAGGUUGACCCUGAUGAGCAGGUCAUGAAGGUCAACCGCAUCAUUGUUCACCCAAAGUUCAACCCAAAGACAUUUAAUAAUGACAUUGCCCUGGUGGAGCUAAGCUCUCCUGUGGUUUUAUCAGAGCGUGUGAUGCCGGUGUGUUUGCCCUCUGACACUGAGCCACCCUCUGGAGAACCAUGUCUGGUUGCUGGAUGGGGCUCACUUUAUGAAGACGGUCCAGCAGCUGAUGUGGUAAUGGAGGCGAUUGUUCCACUUCUGUCUCAGAGCAUAUGUAAAAGUGCCCUUGGUAAACAGCUGCUUACCAACACCAUGUUCUGUGCUGGCUACUUGUCUGGAGGCAUCGACUCAUGUCAGGGUGAUUCUGGUGGGCCACUAAUCCUCCAGGACCUUGAUUCAGGGAGGUUUCAAUUAUAUGGUAUAACAUCUUGGGGCGAUGGCUGUGGGGAGAAAGGCAAGCCAGGAGUAUACACUCGAGUUGUAGCUUACAAAGACUGGAUCCUCUCUGAAAUACAUAAAUCUACUGGAAGCAGGGAACCCACAUGUGCAGAGCUUCUGAAGACAUCAAAGAUGUCAGAAGAGCAGCGUAUGUUAGAGUUCAUCUCACUCUGCCAUUUCCACAUGCUGAACUGCCCUAAAACAGUGGACCCAUCUGGCUGCCAGCGUCAAGCCCAGGAUGACUGUCAGAACCGCUUCAAAAACUGCCAAUUAUAUUUGUUCUUGCAGACUCUGUUGGAUAUGUUGCAGAGGGCAGAUGAUUAUGUUCGAGAUAAAGUUGACCUGAAGUUCUUUACCCAGAGUAUUCCGCAGCUGGUAGAACAUAUCUAUCAUUCUUCAGUCAACAUGAGAACACGAAGAGAAACCAUUAUAGCAGAGCAGGUAAGCCACUUCUCCAUGCCUACUGCCCAAAACCCAUCGCCUGUAUUUGAGCAGGUGGGACCACUAGUGGAUGACCGGGAGAAUUACUUUAACAGCAUCGCUGAUAGUGUGGAAUACCACAGCAAACAUGAAGAAUCAACUCAGCACAAUAAAGCGGAGGACCUGUUUCAGCAGGACAAUAAUUCAACACUUCAACAGCUGGACAGAGAUCUGCGCUCCACCAUUACUUUGCUUUGCUUUAGACUGGCAACUCGCCACAUUUCUGCACUUAAAGAUUUGAAAAGACAGUCCUUUUGGAUAGAUUUUAUCAUUUCCAGAAGAACAUCUGACAUUCUAGAGCUAACAUCUGAACCAACUCUGAAUCCCUACAUGAAGGACAACAUGAAUUGGCACAAUUUUUUAAGAAGUGUGAGUCUAGUACCUCAGAAGUUUAGGACCCAGGAGAGGUCUGUGCAGAGUGGAACAUACUCAUGGAUGUCUGAUUUAAUAGAAGAAAGACUCCCAGUAACAAACUUCACCCCUACCCAGCUUCCACUGCUACUUCAACUCUACUCCAACAAGAAGAAAAGUGGGUUUGCUCAAAGAAGACACAGAAGGCAGCUGCUUUAUGAACAUGAAUCAAGUAACAACAGUAUUAAUAAAGUGUGUCCUGUGGUUGCAGAGUUGGCACAGCAGGUCACUGUUACCAAGGAAACGUACAAAUGGAUUCUAAACAUCACACCAAGCAACCUCAACAUGAAUUUCCAAGAGGUACUGGUUGACCUCACUACUAAAAAUGAACAUGGUCUAUAUGAAGCAAGGAUCAAAGCAACUGUAGGAGGACAUCUUUUGAACUUCUACAGUCUUGUUGGUUUGGAGAAUGAGUCAUUCUAUAGGACCAUGCCACGCAUCAUUGCUCUAGCAAUCAAGGCACUUAAAAAGUAAAAACUGUAAGCAAACAUGCAUCACUCCACAUUACAGUCUGAAUUUGUUCAGACAGUGGGUUCUAAUCACCUAAUCUUGAAUCUAACACUGUAUAAUAUCACUUGUUUGAAAGCUCUUCUCUUUUAAACCUGGGCAGAACUAUUUCAAGUGAUGCAUUUUGUCCUCAGAAUUUCAUAGGCUGAGAUUUAAGAAGAAUGGUAUAAAUGAUAACUUUUCAUAAAUCAAAAAAAUAUUUCAGCAGCAUAUUAGCUGUCAGAGAGACGAUCACUUAAAGUAUUUUUCAGUAGUCUUUAUACACAUUCUAGACAACAAUAUACCCCAAAUAUUUUAUAUUCAAUUUUGCAAGCUGUUCAUGUCAAUACAUUUACAUUAUUACAGAAUAAUGACGUUUGUUCUUGUACUGAUGUUCACAUUUUAAAUUGACAGCAUUUCUAUGGGACAUAUGAGUCAUGUGUCCUUAAUUUAUUCACUGCAGUACAGGAGAUGUGAAAUCUCUAUUUGAACUG